AUGGCUACCACCAAGCAACGCCUGGCCCUGUCCAUCAUCGAUUUCUUCAACACCUCCCUGACCGACGGCACUCUCAGUGAAGACGAUCGCGAAUCGAUCGAAGUAGCAACAUCCUGCAUCUCAGAAUGCUUUAAAGUCGACCCCACCGAUGCCACGCCAAAAGACUCCCAGAACCUCCUCCAAAUCUACGGCAUUUACGAGAAACUCAAGGGCAAGACUCCAGCAGGACCAAACACAAAUGCUGCGGGCGAGAAAUCCACACCGAGCGCCUCGGCGCCUACUGAGGCUCAAAAGAAGGAAGCAGAGGGGCUGAAAAGCCAGGGAAAUGCCGCGAUGGCAAAGAAGGAUUAUCCUUCUGCCGUAGACUUCUACACCAAGGCCCUUGCGCUGGUUCCUGGAAACCCGAUUUUCUUGAGCAAUCGAGCGGCUGCACAUUCGGCGUCUAAGGACCACGAAUCUGCGCGCGCAGAUGCGGAGGCGGCUGUUGACGCAGAUCCUUCUUACACCAAGGCGUGGAGUCGUCUGGGUCUCGCGAGAUUCGCAUUGGGCGACGCAAAGGGAAGCAUGGAAGCUUAUGCUAAGGGUAUUGAAUAUGAGGGUAAUGGAGGUAGUGACGCCAUGAAGAAAGGAUACGAGACCGCAAAGAAGAAGGUUGAGAUUGACGAGGCUGGUUCUGAUGACGAGGAUAUGGAUCGAGGCGCCAGCGGAGCUGGACCUGGAGGAGCUGGCGGCAUGCCAGAUCUUUCUGCUCUUGCGGGCAUGUUUGGAGGUGGACGAGGCGGCCCAGGUGGUGGUGGGGGCAUGCCAGAUCUCAGCUCAAUCAUGAGCAACCCAAUGUUCGCUAGCAUGGCCCAGAAUCUCAUGAGCAACCCGGAUAUGAUGAAUAACAUCAUGAGUAAUCCACGUCUGCGCGAUAUGGCCAACCAAUUUGGAGGCGGCGGCGGAGCUGGAGGUGCUCCAGGUGGAGGCGGUGGUGGUAUGCCAGAUUUGUCUGCUCUGAUGCAAGACCCAAGCAUUGCCGAAAUGGCACGAAACAUGAUGGGAGGAGGCGCAGGUGGACCACCAGGAGGAGCACCUGGUGCAGGUCGUGGUCGAGGAGCUUAA